AUGUGUCGCCUGCAAGCUUCUGGGAAGUGCCUGUCCCGGUUGGCUUUGCCCUAUCGCUGCCGCAGCGUCCCCACGUGGCUGAAGUUGACAUCUGACGAUGUGAAGGAGCAGAUUUACAAACUGGCCAAGAAGGGCCUGACUCCUUCACAAAUCGGUAUGAUCCUGAGAGAUUCACAUGGUGUUACACAAGUAGGUUUUGUGACAGGCAAUAAAAUCUUAAUAAUUCUUAAGUCUAAGAGACUUGCUCCUGAUCUCCCUCAAGAUCUCUACCAUUUAAUUAAAAAAGCAGUUGCUGUUGCUGUUCAAAAGCAUCUUGAGAGGAACAGAAAGGAUAAGAAUGCUAAAUUCCAUCUGAUUCUGAUAGAGAGCUGGAUUUACCGUUUGGCUAGAUAUUAUAAGAGUAAGCGAGUCCUCCCUCCAAACUGGAAAUAUGAGUCAUCUACAGCCUCUGUCCUGGUUGCAAUAAAAUGA